UAAUGAGAUCAUUUACAAGCUGUCAAGCCUCAGACAUGGACCGUAUUUUUUUGUUUUCUCUCUUGCUCACCUACCUGCCAGUAACAGAGAGCAUGAAAAAAGAAGAGAGCUGCUUAUCACAGCCAAAAGAAAUGAUCUGGAGGAAAACCGGACAAAGUGUUGUUCUCCAUUGUAGCAUCAGUUCACAAUGUCCAGCCAUUGGCCAGCAUUAUGAGUGGUUUGCUUUCAAGGAAAACUUCCAUCUUCGUCUCAACCUGGGUAGUGAGUCUCUCAAGUACAGCCUGAAAGGAGCAUCUUUAAACAUCAUGUCACUUCAGGUUAACGACAGCGGGGUCUACUACUGUGCUGCAGUAUCGAGUGGCGACCCAGCACGCGGCGCCCAGCAUGUAGGGUUGGGUACAACUCUUGCAGUGAGUGAACACUUAAAAUCGAUGACGAUGCACAUUCUUCUGUGGAUAUCAUUUGUCCUCUUGGCCAUCUACAGCUUGGCAGUAGUGACACUUAUUAUAAAGAAGUAUGGCUGCAAUAUGAGCGUCAGCAGAAGGUCGCGCAAAACUGAAAAGAAUAACUCAACUAAAAGAAAACUAUUCCGUGAUGUGCUGCAAGAAAUGUACAGCGGAAGAAACUUGGACGGAAACAAAGAAACUGUGAGCAAAAACAGUUCUCAAGCCGAGGCUACAAGCACGGAGUUCAACAGCUCAACUGAUGACAUCUAUCAAAAUAUUUAAGUGUCAUAUUAAAUGACUCAGACCUCCAACAUCCAGACAGAGGAAAUUCCACAGCCAUGAAACACCUGACGGAGUAUGCCAUUAUGUGACAUAGAAAAUGAGCAAAUCAAAGGCUGCAAGUUAGUCGUGUGCAUGUUCUCCUUUUCUCAUGGAGUGAGACAUAACAACCACAACAGUUUUUCAGUUAAAGCAGUGAUAGACUGCCCUUUCUUCGGGAAAUUGUAGUUUUUCCUAUGGUUUUGUUGAUUGUAAUCAACAAUUAAUACCUUUCAAACCCACACCUGUGUUUAUCUGAAAACAAAGAAAGAAAAGAAAAUCCAUCUUUAGAGUUUUUUAAUUCAUCUAUUUAAUUUAUUCCAUAUAAACCGUUUGAUAGGAAGAAACAAAACUUGUGUACUGUACUUUCAGGAAUAGAGAGAAUAGAAAGUAGCACAUUUGCACUAAUGAAAGUGAAAAUCAAAAGUGUGGAAAUCAAAAGCUGUCAGAAGACAAUGUCAGUUCCCUUGAGAGGACUCAUGGUAAUACUUUGAACACUUUUCUCAACAAAUAAGUAAAGCACACAUGUGUAUCAAUAGUCCCGGCAUAAUUGUGUUCAAACACUUCCAAAAACCUUUGAAAUAAAACAGAAGAAUUCACAUUCAGAUGUAAUUUGAUUAUACAUUGAUCAUUAAAAACACUGUAAUGACAUAUAAGGCACAUUACAUAUGACCUCACAUACAAUACAGUACAGCUUUCAGUAGACAAUGUUACAUUAACAAAGCUAAAGGUUGUAUUUGCUAUGAAAAAUCAUCAUUAACUUACAAAGAACUUACAGUAAGGCAACAUUUCAACAACCUGAUGUGUUUGUGAGGUAUCUUGCUGUUUGUUUACUGCAAAUGCCCACAGAAAGUAACCAGGCAGUUAACAUUAGAUUUUACUUUAUAAAGUCAAAGUGGAUGUUACAUGUCUAUGUGCAUUUUUUGUUUUUUUACACUUUUUAAAGCUGUGAUAUGAACAUUUUGGAUGUAUACCAUUAUUUCAAGCAUCUGUAGUUCAGAGCUUGUGUGAAUUCUUCCCUUUCUGCCUCCUAUUUUUUAAAGCUUAAAUGGUGUGAGCCAUGCAUUGACUAAAAACAUUUUUUUUAUGUUACUCAAGUGCUGGUAAUCAUUUAAAGGGAAGAUAAGUAGAAGGCAACACCCACAAUAAAUAAAUCAAUCAAUUCAAAGGUGAUGUGUGUGGGCAUUGACUCUUUUCUUUGGAAUAUUAUUAUUCGCAGUGAAACGAAGGUCUGUUAAGGCGCCACUGAUGUAAAUGAACAUCAGAGCAUUACAUUGAAUUACUAUAAAUGCAAUUUGUAAUUUUGCCGAUGUUUAGAGCUGAUGAUUGUGGUAUUUACUGCAGUGCAUAAUGUCUGAUGUAAUAUACGUUUGUAGUAUUUGCUUGGUUAAAUGUUGUGGAUUAGAAACAGCGUAUACAUCUUGGAAUGCAUCUUGGACACAUUUCAGAAAAAGAUUUGGAAAAUAAAGUGAAAUUUUAACUCAAA